UGUUUGCUUGUUUUAGGUAAAGGCCGUGUGAUCGUAAAGGUGAAGCAGCGAUCCGAGACGGCCGCAUUUGUGGAAACGUCCAUCGAGGCCAUAGUGAUCCGACAGAAGAGGAUCAUAGAUGUCGUUUUCCACGUGUCCGUCGCGAUCCUGGUGACUGUGAUGUACGUCAAUUUCGGAUGCGCGCUCAAGUGGAAUGAGCUGAGGAAUAGCCUGAAGCGACCCGUCGGUCCGGCGAUCGGUUUCAUCGGCCAAUUCCUCUUCAUGCCGCUGCUGAGCUUCUUCAUCGGACGUCUCCUCUUCCCGCGCAAUCCCGAGAUGCAAUUGGGUAUGUUCUUCACAGGAGUUUCACCUGGUGGAGGUGCGUCGAACAUGUGGGCCGUCAUCCUUGGCCUGAACAUAGAUCUGUCCAUCACCAUGACGACCAUAAGCACGUUCGGUGCGUUCGCUAUGAUGCCCAUAUGGUUGUUCACGCUCGGAAAGGUCAUCUUUGACGAUGCCAAACUCGAUGUUCCCUAUCAGAUGAUCUCCAUGUACGCAAUGACUUUGGUCAUACCUCUAUUCAUCGGAUUCCUCAUACAGAAGUACAUGAAACGCGUCGCCGCCUUCUUGGUCAGAAUAUUGAAAGCCUUCUCGGCGCUUCUGCUCAUCUUCAUCGUCGUCUUCGCCAUCGUCACAAACCUCUACCUCUUCAAGCUCUUCUCCUGGCAGAUCCUGGUAGCAGGUUUAGGACUGCCGUGGCUAGGAUACACCGUUGCCUGGUUACUCGCCGUCUUCUUCAAGCAACCAAACAAAGACGCUUUAGUCAUCGCCAUAGAGACGGGUAUCCAGAAUACAGGCAUCUCCAUAUACCUUCUCCGGUUCUGCCUGAGUCAACCGGAAGCGGAUCUGACGACCGUCGUUCCCGUCUCCGUCGCUAUAAUGACACCAAUCCCUCUGCUCCUACUCUGGAUCGCGCAGAAGUUUCGCAACAGAUGCUUCAAGAAACGAAAGUACACACCACACGAGAACUCCGAACUGAACAGUCCCCUCUCCGAGAUGAGCGUCGACAAUCAUUUCGCUCCGUCGACGAUCUCUUAAAUAACAAAUUCAACUUCCACAAAUCUUUAACACUUUUCUCUAUAUCUUCUCUAUAAGAAAAAAAAAACUAAUGAUAAAAACUCUGCAUCUUCCUUCUGUCUCUUGUCGUGUACGUGCGUGUAUCUAUUUGUUUGAUAGUAAAAGAAAAAAAAAUGAAAUAAAAAAUAUAAAUAUUAUCGAAUAACGAAGGAUGAAAGCACUUUGUUAUGUAAACUCGUUGUACUUAUAGAGAGCCAAUACCUAAGAAUAAGUUAUAAUAUCGAUAUGACUAUUUGGGAUCUACCUACUUAAUAAUAAAAAAAUAUAUU